AUGGAGGCUAAGGAGUCAAGUCUCCUCGACGUCGCAGAGUUUAUACUAUCGCAAGCAUAUUGCGGUUCAUCCAGCCAGGCGCAUGGGAGUUUCCGGGCUCGCGCCGUUUUUGCAAAAAACCUGGUACGAUUGUCAUGGAUUGGCAUACGAUGCAAGAUUCUCAUUCCUAUCAGCCCUGAAGUCAUUAAAACACUUCCCAAUCGGUUGCGCUCGCUGAGCGGGAAGACCAUCGUCAUCGAUGGAACCCUCAUAACUCAACGUUUGCAUUUUGCGCCUAUGCCACACCGUCAUCGACAUGUCCUUGGCUGGUAUCGCAUCCUCAAAGAGCUGCGAGAGUGCGAUGUGCGAGCAAUUUGUGUCUUUGAUGGUAAGCAGCGCAGCCUAGCCAAGGAAAUGGAGAUCGAGCGACGGCGCAACGUUCGGCAGACCACCGCAGCACGAGGUGCUCUUGAGUUCGAACGUCUUAAGAGGCUACACCGGCUCAAUUUUCUCCUCCAGCAGUGGCGAGACUGUGAAGAUCUCGAUCAGAAACAGCUCAUGGCAGACGCCUGGAGAGCCUUAGCAGACGACGUGAGCGAGGGACUCGCAGACGUCCUGACUUUCCCCUCACGAUCAUCUGAAGAACAGUUGUAUACUUCUUCUGUGACCUCUUUCACUGAUUCCCUACGACAUCAUGUCCUACCACAUAGGACCUCGGAAGGUCUUGACGAUCCAGAGCCACAAGGUAAUUUGACAUCAGCAUUGCCACUGGAUGAAGACGAUAUGUCAUCGGAAUUGGAGAUGGAUGAGGAUGAAGAUGAAGAUGAAGAUGAAGAUGAAGAUGAGGAUGAGGAUGAGGAUGAUGCGACAUCAGAAUUAGAGCUAGAUGAAGACAACACGCCAUCAGAAUCACAACUAGAUGAAGACCAGUCGAUUGUAGAGUUACCGACAUCCGAAAAGCUUUUGGAAGAUUCAAUACCACAGAGUGAAACUCAAACAACUGCACAUAUUGAAUCGGACAUAUUGGAUGUAUCUGAGGCUCCUAUCGAGGAUGUACGCUCAGAACUUGAUAAUCUCUACUUACAGUAUCGUCAAAGUAUGCCCAAAUUAGACGCACUCCCUGAGAGCCCACCAAUUGAGAAUCGGGCAGCUGACGUGCCACUUCAAGUGCGUGAAGCUGGCGUCAUGGAGGUAGAGGAGAGAGAGGAUCGCGCUAUGUCCAAAGCCCAGUACCAGCUUGCGCUGGACGAAGGCACUUUCUGGGAGACACUUUCGCAACAACCGUCUAGUGUACCAGAUAUAGAAGCCGCACAGGUAACUGCAGUACACCUGACACAGAAGAGCAGCGUCAUCGCGGAAUCUUUUCGACGACGCAUGCAUCCCCCAACUGCUGAAACGUACAUCGAAAGCAAGGAAAUUCUAGCCGCAAUGGGGGUCCCGUGUAUCGAACCAACGGGUCCGUAUGAAGCGGAAGCGCUGGCUUCGGCGCUCGUCUUGAAUGGAUACGCGGACUACGUCGCGAGUGAAGAUACGGAUGUCUUGGUUUAUGAUGCACCAUUAAUCCGCAACAUUGCGAACCGCAACGGGCCGUUAGUUGUCAUAUCAGGAACGGAUGUCCGCACCGUUCUGCAAUUGGAUCGUGCUAGCUUCGUCGACUUCGCCUUGCUUCUGGGUACGGACUUCUCUCAACGUAUCAAAAACAUUGGUCCUGCUCGCGCGCUCAAGUUCAUCCGUGCACAUGGGUCCAUUGAACGUGUCCUCGAGGAAGAACGACGAUAUCCUCCUCGUAUCCCAUCGCACGCGUACCUGGAACAAGUUGAGCUGGCUAGAAUGGUAUUCUCAGACUUACCACCAAUGCCGGAAGUCAAUCUCAUUCAAGCAAGAACUUAUGACGAAGAGGAAGUUAUGCGCAUUCUAGUGCGAUAUGGCUUGCAAAGAGUUGCCGAUGCUGAAUGGGAGCAAAGCUCUGCGCUCACCGGAAAUUUCUUCCAAGACAAUCCUACCGCUCUCUGA